UGGAUUCACGGAUCGGACACUGUUCUCCAAUCGUGGAAGCUACCAAAACACGCAAUAAGAAUGUGGAGUGUUACCGGAAAAUUCUCCAGCUGGACCCAGCUAACAUCCAAGGUCUUCACAAUCUCUGCGUAGUGAUGGUGGAACGUAGCCAGUUGCAUCUGGCAGCACAAUGUCUCGAGAAAGCCGCAGUACUUGCUCCAGAUCAAGAUUACAUUAAGAAACAUCUUUCGAUCGUUCAAUCCCGGAUAAAUCAUCUGCCCCCAGAGCAACGUGAGAGCACUGAAAUAUUUGAUGAUUCAUUUCUCCACACUCCAAUUGAGGAGGAUAGUCUCGACAGUACUGAUCCAGCUAAUGGACAAUUUCUGGGAAAAACUGAUGUUAUGCAAAAUCACAUCGGUAGUAUCCGUAACAAUCAACUCAGUCGGAAUAAUUAUUAUCAUAUUAAGCGUUUCCAGAAUCAGAAAACAUCGCGAUCAAUACCUGAAAUCAAAAGGCAAUUCUCAAGACCCUCUGAAAUACCCAAUAUACCUGAAUCUGCUGGAGUCCUUGAAAAUGUUAUGAAUAGGGAUACGAGUGAAUUGGAAUUUGCUCGUCAUCGUGGAGUGAAAGUGGUUAAACCAAAUUGAAGAAUAUGCGUAAGGCAUGAAGUAAUUAAUUGUAACAAGUCGAAUUAUAUAUUUUUAAUGUACACUUACCUUGGAAGUAAGGGAUUUUGGAGAAAAGCAUUAGAAAAUCUUUUUUGUCUGAAAUCAUGGUUAGUGCGUCAGAUGCAGUAUUUCUGGCAAGUCAUCGAAAAACAGAUGGAUUUUGAAGGGAUGUCAUAACAUAGUUUUUUCAUCGGACAUUUAUUCAGCUAAAAAAGAGAUCUCUUGAUAUUUUUCUCAAACCACUCACUUUCGAGAUAAAGAUGGAGAACAGUCCCCGUAACUACUAGUAAAGUUAUUCUGGAAACUUUUUGUGGAUCUCAUUUUGUUGCUCUGAAGUACCGUAAUUUCGAAAUUACCUUGAAAAUAUGAUAAUGAAGUGAAUUUGACUCAUCUCGUGUCACCAUAUUGAUUUGUAAAAUUUGGCCAUUUUGUUCUUCACUUUACUGUACAAAUGAUGAGAAUAAGACAGAGAAUAAAAUGGUAUAUUAUGUCAUCAGGCGAUAAAAGUAUUAUCUGGCGAAUGUGAUUAUAAUAUAAAGCCAUAUUCGGCUUUAUAUUAUAAUCACAUUCGCCAGAUAAUACUUUUAUCGGCGUGGGACAUACGAUAUUUUAUGUCAUUAGGCCCGAUAAACCGCGAUUCUAACCUCGCUUCGCUCGGUUAAAUGAAGAAAGUCACAAAAUGAAAAGUACCGAACAGAUAAUCCUGUAACUGUUUGUGAAUAAUAUCGAAUUGAACGUUGAAUCUGCAGAAAACCUAUUGUAAAUUGAAAUAAAUGUGUAAAGAGUGUGUUUAACAAGAGAACAGGAUUAGAGUGUUAAUAACGUCACUAGCGAACGGGCGCGAAGCUGUGUAGAUGAUAUUAUAUUAUAUUAAUUUAUUUUAUUGUUUUCUUUCCAAUAUUUCCUUGCGGUUAGAUUAAAUU